CGGUGCUCAUGGUAACCAACGUAAACACAUGCCACCCGCCUCCUCUCCACGGAAGAGCCCAAGCGGGAGAAAACGGCCAGCAUGGCUCUCAGCGAGGACCAAUACUAUGAAAAGAUAGGAUCUGUUCAGAAAAGCAUGCACGAAAGUGAGAAGCGGAGGCUGGAGCUGGAGAGGGAGCUGUUCGCCUAUUGCAUAUCUGAUAAGAGAGUCUCACAGAUAAAGCGUGCCAAACUGCGCAGUUAUCUUAAGGAAAUCUGUGAGAGGGAGACACGGGCGAAAAUGAGAAACCUUGAGCUUCUGAGGGAUGUGGAGCGCAUAGAAAUGAGCAUGAAGGAACACUGGCCCGAUCGUGGCCCCCUGCUUCAACAAAGGGCUGAGUGCUCGAAUAAAAUUUCCAGAUUUAUGGCAGCAAAGAAGAAAAGAGAGCAAGAGCUUGAAGUGGUUGAUGCUGUACACAAACAACACCAUGACAAGAAUUUCAAAUAUCCACCAGCAGCAAUUUUCAUGGGCUUGCAGACCUCCAAAGAGCCUGCUGCUGAAGCUGCAACCACAAGUGAACACUCUCACCAAGCAUUGCAUCGUUCACCCAAUCGCAGCAUGCACUCCCCUGAACGUCUACCAAGUGGCCUUUUGAAGGACUUCAGAGUUUGCGGAGAGGCUGCCGCCGACAACCGACCGCAUUUAUCAGAUGACAUUUCAGGCUCAAACGAUUCCCCCGAUGGCUGUAAUUUGAGUGACAAACAUGAAAGGAUGGUGGCGGUGCUCCCAUCUGUUCGUGCCUUAACAGGCACAGCUGGUGGUGUGCCUUUUGGAGGUGAUGAUGAACAAGCGCCUUCACCUCCAGUGACCUUGACGAGGCCCGAGAAGAAUCCUUCACCUCUCAGCAGCAUUAACCCCAUGGGGGCCGAGAGUUUCCCUGCAGAAUACUCUGUCUCCCGAGAGGCUGUCCAUCAGCUGCCUGUAACAGGGGAAGCAGAGAGAAGUCUGAGACAAUCGAUGCCUGAAGCCCACUUUGGAGAGGAAUCUGGAGAUGGGCCAGGUGGAUGCGAGAACGUCAGCACACCCAGCUCCAGUGUGAAGCUCUCGGUGAGCAGUGCUAGCGACCUGUCCGUCUCUUUGACGCACUCUGAGCUGGAGGAGGAUCUACCUGAGGGUGUGGCGCACCCAGACAUCAUCCCAUCUGCGGGAGCGACGCCUGAGAGGAGUGACACUCCUGGAGAGAGUGAUAAGCACGGUCGAGAGUCAUCCUCCCUCUCUGAGUCCAGGAGCCGACCCCAAUCAAAUAAUGAUCCCAUACCUCACGCAGCUGCCACGGAAAGGCUCUCACACGAAGGACUCUUUCAUCUGCUGAACCACAUCGAAGGGCAACUCCACUAUGAACGGACAGAUGUCUACAGGGACUCAUUGAUUGAUGGGAGAAAAGUCAAUAAAAUUAUCAGCCUUUGUAACAGCAGAGCGGGCUUGAAUGACGAGGACCUUGAAGCAUGUGGAGCAGUCGUCCUUCAUGAGCUUCAGAGGUUGUCAUGGAGCACAGCAAAGGGCUGCCUGCUACCACAGGACCUAGUUAGUGCUCACCAGUCCAGCACUGAGCCAGAGGAAAUAAGCUCCUGCCUCCCCCCCGAUGCCGCUCGGCUGUGGGAUCGCUGGUUCAAGCACGCCCUUCUGCUCAAGGAGCAGUGCAUCCUCAGCACUGAGCGCCUGGUCCAGCUGUUCACCCCGCUGCUGCUGGAGCGCCAUGCCGCCUACAGCCACCAGGCCAAAGUGCUGCUGAGGACACUUCUGUCCCGGUCCAGUGAGGAGUGCCCCUCAGCAGAGGAGGAGAGUGACUCAUCUUCGCACGGCCUUCCCUCUCUCGCUGACGGUGGAGAUGUGAAGCCUGCCAGGCGGGUACAGGAGCAAGAGAUGCAAGAACUACAAAGUACUGAAGAGGACAGCCAGGACGAAAGCCCUGGGGAAAGUAUUCCUAUUAGAGAGACAAAAGCAUAUCAGCUGCUUAAACAAUCUGCCACGCAGGAGAGGCUGCAGACUUCUGGAGAGGAGGAGGAGGAGGAGGAGGAGGAGGAGGACUGCCUGUCAGGAAUAAAUGAUGGCCAUGAAGAGGACCUGGGGAGGGCCAAGCGCUUCUCACAUCAAGACCCUUACCCUCGGAAGAAGAUGAACUCAAAGCCCCGUUCUGCUGAACAGCUAAAAGCUUUGUGGGACGAAACGGAUGACAGCAACUCCGAGAUUGAAGCAGCCUUACGCCCUCAACCUUUCAACACAAACAGCGAUGACUUUGAUGACUUCUACGACUGACACUACCCGGGAGAUAUUGUUUUAAUACGGCACAUUAUAUCACCGCAAAGUUUCAGACAGUUUGGCUCACGGUAAUUUACCCCUUGACCAUUAUUUUAGUAAACGCCGGGUCUACACUGUAAAUCAUAUGCGCACUGUAUCGUAAAAACAAAUAAUAAAGUUGAUAGCUCUCACGCUGGGUAAAGUAUGUGAAGAGUUGUCCAACGCUCUGAUGUUAA